GAAUUCCGUCCCGCUACAUCCCUUUGAUCUAUUGCGUCAAUUUAGAAGGUAAAAAUGUUUGCCAUGAGCUGCAAUUCGAUUAUUUAUUCAAAUUCUGAAAUUAAGUUCUUUGAAGAUAAUCUUUUAAAUGAAGAUGAUUGGGUUAAAGACAAUGUCAGUGAUAUUGGAAAUUUCAGUGAAAGUCCUUCAUCUUCUAGUUCAGAAAGAGCUAAUGAAGAUUACUGUUCCAUUGGUUUUACAAAUAAUUAUAUUGACUGCUGGCUAAACGAUGAUUUGGAUAAACUUGAUCAACAUGACACUGCUAAUAUAAAAAAAGAGCCAUUAUCUCCAAAUAAAAUUUUUACUUCCUCAAUAGCCAAUAUAUCAGAUACAGGAACUUCUUUAACAUUUUGUUCAUUGCCACAGGCAACAAUUUCCGAUAAUAUUAUUAAUUUAGGUUCUAAUGCUUCUCAAGUUUCUGAAAAUGAACAUAUUCAGACAAACAAUAUCUCUUCAUUGGAAUUAAAAUAUAACCCAACAAGUACAAAAGCCAAAGAUAAACCGUUAUGUCAUAAUAAUAUGAUAAAACCAAAAAUUUUUAAAAUUGAAAAUGGAAAUUUUGUUGGCCAAAAUGAAAGUACGCUUAAUAGCACACUGAUACAUCCAAAUUCUAACAUGGAGUUAAAAGAUUUUAAAAGACAGAUGAGAAUGAUAAAAAAUCGAGAAUCUGCAUGUUUAUCACGUCAGCGAAAAAAAGAGCAUAUAAAAACUCUUGAAUCACGUGUUUCUGCUAUUACUGAAGUAAACCAACAAUUAAAAGAAGAAAACUGUAUUCUAAAACAAAGGGUUCAAGAACUAGAAAAUGAAAAUGAAUUGCUUCGUAAUAGAGGAAUGUUGAAAAGUGGAGUAAAGCGAUCGUCUGCAAUGCUUUCUCUUUUACUUUUUUAUUAUUUUAAUCCACUUGGGUUAUUUAAUGUGAACCAAGUAUUACCUGGACAGCCAGUUCAAUCAUUGUUACCAAUGCAUCGAAGUAGGACAUUACUACAAUUUGACAACUCAAACACAUUAAAUUUCUUUCCCCCUCUUGAAAGUUAUGAUGAAAAAGAGAAAGCUAGAAAUUCAAAGAUUAUCCAGCUUAAUGAAAAUAUAUUCCACAAUGCAAAAAAUGUUGAUGAGGAAUUCAAAGCGCAACUUUCGUUUUCAGUAAAUAAAAAAGAAGUUACAAAUAAGCUACUAAAAAAAAUUCAAACUGUAAAAAAAAAACCGUCAGUAACUUUACAUGAAACUGAAGCUGACUGUGGCGAGCAUUUUAAUGAAACAGAUGUAAACAGAAUUACAGAGUCUUUAGAACAAUUAGUUCACAGUUCCACAAUCAAAAAAUCGAAUAAAAUAAAGAAUGCAAGACAUUAUCCAUGUUAUUCUACAAAUAUAGCAGCCAGAGGUAAAAACUUGAUAAAUAAUACAGGAAUGAGUUGCAAUCAAACCUCCCCAUUGACGCAAUCUUCAUAUUUAAAGCUGCUGAGAGAAAAAGAAAAAAAGAGAAGAGAUGAAUAUGUUAUGAAUAACACCUCCCAAGAACUUGUAAAUGCUAUACAGAAAACUAUCAUUAGAAAAGCUGAUACUUUUUAUCUUUUUACAUUGAAGGACUACAUGAUGUUGCCUGCAACCAAUUAUAGUUCUAUACAAAGGCCAAAAGUAACAUUUAUGUUACCAGCUUACAUGGCUUACAGUAAUAUAAAUGCUUCAAAUAAAAACAACACAGUUGUGAAGAUGCUGCAAAUCGAUUGUCAUGUUAUUGAUACCAAACUUAUAGAUGUCGGUCAAGAUUUGUUACCGAAGGAUCUUAUACCUAAGCUUAAUUCUUGAUAUCCUUAUUACUCAUCGAUUUUAUCCAUAUUUUUAAUGGACCUUGUAAAACAAAUUAGACUUCUGGCGAGAAUUUUUAUAACAAAUCCUUGGAUUUUCAAAUAUUUUUUUAAAUGAUUUACUAAAUUUUAAAACAAAAAAAGCGACAAUGUAUGGUUCAAAAACAGUCAAUGUAUAGUAAACAAAACAAUGUAUGAUAUAAGUUUGCAAUUGCGUAAUCCCAGUAAUUUUAUUUAUAUACUAUUCAAUAUCUUUGGAAUAGUUUCUUUUAAUUUAACGUGUAUAUAUUUUUAAUUAUUUAUUUAAUAAAUGAUAGAUGUUGUUUUUUUA